AAUAAAGUUCGUUUGUAUUAUUGUGUAACUGGGCCUAUUUGCUCGAAAAUUACAAAAAAUAUUGGAAUCCUAUCUUCUCAUGAAGUGACGUGUCAAAUCCAUGUCACAAGCUGCUCAAAAGUCAGACGAAACAUGAUAACGUAAGCUCCUUGAACUCAUCGUAUCUCCACCACCCAAUCGACAAGCUAAGACAUAUCAAAAACGGACGACACAACUUAUGGCCCAUUAACGAGAGAAGAUAACCCACCAUGCUAGCCUCAACCGGAGAAGAUGAACCGGACCCUGCCAUCGGACCAGACCCGCCAACGGAAGCAGCUACUCCAAGAGUGCUGACUAUAAUCUCCCACGUGAUGGAGAAGCUCGUGGCACGAAACGAGUGGUUGGCUAAGCAAACUAAGGGAUUCGGGAAAAGCUUGGAGACGUUUCACGGCGUGAGAGCACCGAGCAUAAGUAUAGCGAAGUACCUUGAGAGGAUAUAUAAGUACACAAAAUGUAGCCCGGCGUGUUUCGUGGUAGGGUAUGUGUACAUAGACCGGUUGGCUCAUAAGCAUCCUGGUUCUUUGGUUGUCUCCAUGAAUGUUCAUAGACUCCUCGUCACCUGUGUCAUGAUUGCUUCCAAGAUCCUUGACGAUGUGCAUUAUAACAACGAGUUCUACGCUCGGGUUGGAGGCGUGAACAAUGCGGACUUGAACAAAAUGGAGCUAGAGCUUCUCUUCCUCCUUGACUUCAGAGUUACCGUUAGUUUUAGAGCUUUUGAGAGUUAUUGCUUUCACCUCGAGAAAGAAAUGUCACUGAACGGUGACGUUUCUUCUCUCCAAGAUAAUCAACCAAUGCAAGAGAGUCUCUCCACUGUAUCUUCUCUAUCUACUCUAUAUGUUUAAUAUACAAACAAAUUUCGUCUCUUAAUCGUAAGUGCGUUUGGUUCGCGGGAAAAGUUUAUCAAUUUACAUUUUAAUCUAAAAUUUUGAUUUUUUUGAUAAUUUAUUUCAAAUUCAAGUUAUAAAAAUUAGUUGAUUCCACCCAUUUAUGUA